UUUCCUCCCGCAGCUGAGUGUCCAGCUGGCCCAGCUAGCAGAGCGUCUUGAACAGCUGGCACAGUGGGCAGAGACUUCUAGUCAUGCAGCGGCAUCCGCAGUGACCAUCUGGGACCAGAACCCCUCGUCAGGUCACACGUGAAUCUUGAGCAAAUUCUGCGCUACCAGCUGCCGUGAUGAACGGCCAGCCCCCUCCUGGUGAUGCUGUGGUUGCCAAUGGCACUGAGCAGUCCAUUGUCCCUAAAAUCAUGAAGCACCAGUUGGGAGCCAGCACCCAUUCCCAGCCCCAAGCAGAGGCUGCCCCACCUACCACAGCCAGAAGUAUUGCUGGGGUGUAUGUGGAGGCCUCGGGGCAGACCCAGAGCUUCUAUGCUGCCAUAAAGCAGGGCCUCCUGCCUACUGGACUUGGGCUGGCAUUGCUUGAGUCCCAGGCAGCCACUGGGGGCCUUGUGGACCUUGCCCAAGGCCAGAUGCUUCCUGUAUCUGAGGCCCUGAGGCAGGGUCUGGUGGGGCUGGAACUAAAGGAGAAAUUGUUGGCUGCUGAGCAUGCAGUUACAGGCUUUCCUGACCCCUAUGGGGAUGGAAAGCUGGCCCUCUUCCAGGCCAUCAGGAAGGAAGUUGUGGAUAGGGCCCUGGGGAUGAGAUGGCUGGAGGCCCAAUUAGCUACUGGAGGCCCAGUGGACCCAACCCAAGGUGUGCGAGUGGCCCCAGAGGUAGCUUGUCAGCAGGGCCUUUUAGACAAGGAGACAUGGCUCAGCCUGGUGGAAUCAGAGUCCGGCAUGGGUGCCCCAGGCUUUUUUGACCCCAACACACUAGAACAGCUGCCAUACUGCGUGCUGUUGGGCAGGUGUGUGCAAGACCCCAGCUCAGGCCUGCCCCUAUUGCCCUUGAAGAUCACCUUCCAUACCCUGGGUGGAGCAGCCAGCGCAUCAAUGCUGCUGGAGGCAGGAGUACUGGAUGAGGAGACAGUUCGAGGCCUGCAGGAGGGCACACUGGCGGUGUCAGAUGUGGCCACACGCCCCGAGGUGCAACGCUAUUUGGAGGGGGUUGGAGGGCUGGCGGGGGUUGUCCUGUUGCCUGGAGGCCACAAGAAGAGCUUCUUCCAGGCUACAGUCGAACACUUGCUCUCUAAGGGCACUGCACUACAACUCUUAGAGGCUCAGGCUGCCACCCGCACCCUUGUGAACCCAGCCACAGGCCAGCGGCUGUGGGUGGAGGAGGCAGUCAGGGAAGGUCUGGUUGGCCCAGAACUCCAUGAGCAGCUCCUGGUUGCAGAGCAGGCGGUGACUGGGUAUUAUGACCCCUUCAGCAGCUCCCACAUCCCCCUUUUCCAGGCGAUGAAGAAGGAGCUUGUGGGCCAGCCGCUGGCCCUGCGCCUCCUAGAUGCUCAGCUGGCCACAGGUGGGCUUAUAUGCCCAGCCCACAGAUUCCGGCUGCCCCUGGAGGCUGCCCUGCGCUUCGGCUGCCUGGAUGAGGAGACACAGCAACAUCUCUCUCAGGCAAUGAGCUUUUCAGAUCCCACCACACACGACAGCCUUCGCUAUGAGCAGCUGCUGGCCUACUCCGUCACUGACCCCGAGACGGGGCUUGCUUUCCUGCCUCUCCCUGGAGGACCCCAUGCUAACGAGCCCCAGGGACCCACAUUUAUUGACCAUUGUACUCGGCAGGCCUUUCGCGAGGCCACGACCUCCAUCUCUGUAGGGAGAUUCCGGGGCCGGCCUGUAACCCUCUGGGAACUGCUCUUUUCUGAGGCAGUGCCCGUUAAACAGAGAGCAGUCCUUGCCCAGCAGCAUCAGAAAGGGGCCCUGUCGGUGGAGGAGGUGGCAGCUGAGUUGAAGGCCAUUGUUGAGCAGGCUGCAGCCACUGCCAAAGUCACCUUUGCUGGGCUGAGGGACACCGUGACACCAGGAGAACUGCUGAAGGCUGAGAUAAUCAACCAGGACCUGUUUGAGCGGCUGGAACGUGGACAGACCUCAGCCCAGGAUGUGGGCAGUCUAGACUCAGUGCAGAGGUACCUGCAGGGCACAGGCUGCAUUGCAGGCCUACUGCUGCCUGACUCUCAGGAACGCCUCAGUAUCUAUGAGGCCCGUACCAAGGGGCUCCUCAGGCCCGGUACUGCCCUGAUCUUGCUUGAGGCCCAGGCUGCCACAGGCUUUAUCAUCGACCCAAAAGAGAACAAGAGAUAUUCUGUGGAGGAGGCACUGAGGGCUGGUGUCAUUGGACCUGAUGUCUAUUCAAAGCUGCUGUCUGCAGAGCGUGCAGUCACAGGCUACAGAGACCCUUACUCUGGGGAACAGAUCUCCCUCUUCCAAGCCAUGCAGAAGGACCUCAUCGUCAGGGACCAUGGCGUCCGCCUGCUGGAGGCCCAGAUCGCCACGGGUGGCAUCAUCGACCCUGUGCACAGCCACCGUGUGCCUGUGGACGUGGCCUACCAGCGUGGCUACUUUGACCAGAUGUUGAACUCUAUUCUGUUGGACCCAUCUGAUGACACCAAGGGUUUCUUUGACCCCAACACACAUGAAAACCUCACCUACCUGCAGCUUCUGGAGCGCUGUGUACAUGACUCCGAGACAGACCUGCACCUCCUGCCCCUUAGUGGUACACGAGCCCAGCUGGUAGAUUACUCCACUCGGCAGGCCUUUCAGAAUCUCCUGCUGUCUGUAAGGUAUGGGCGGUUCCGGGGGCAGAGAGUUUCUGCAUGGGCACUAAUUAACUCAGAAUACUUCAGAGAGGACUGGAGGAGGCAGCUACUGCAGCGUUAUCGGCAGCGCAAGGUCACACUGGAGCAGGUCGCUCAGCUGCUGGAGGAAGAGAUGAAGAAGUGGGCAGACAUCACACUCCCUGCGCUACAGGGCCAGGUCACUGCCUACCAGCUCUUAGAGGCCCACAUCAUCAGCCAGGAGCUCCUGGACCAGGUGCUGACAGGGGCGGUCCGCCCAGAUUCCCUCCUUCACAUGGAUGAGAUUCGCAGGUACCUUCAGGGCUCAGGCACUGUGGGUGGUGUGCUAUUACAGCCCUCCAACCAGCGAAUCAGUCUCUACCAGGCCAUGAAGCAGAAGCUGCUGUCCCCAGGUGUAGCCCUGGCCUUGCUGGAGGCCCAGGCAGCCACCGGAGCCAUCACAGACCCCUGUAGUACGGAGACCCUGUCGGUAGAUGAGGCUGUGUGCAGGGGAGUAGUGGGAGCAGAAGUCUACGGCAAGCUAAAACGAGCAGAGCAUUCUAUCACUGGCUACAGAGACCCCUUUUCUGGAAAAAAAGUGACCCUGUUCAGGGCCAUGAAGAAGGGCCUUGUCCCUAUGGAGCAGGGAACCCGCCUAUUAGAGGCCCAGAUGUCCACAGGAGGGGUCAUUGAUCCCACAACCCACCUCCACCUCCCCAUGCCUGUGGCAGUCCAGCGUGGCUGCAUUGAUCGUGAGAUGGAGGUGGCCUUGUCCAGCUCUCCUAAGACCUUCCCCACACCUGAUGGCCGGGGACACACCAGCUACGUCCAGCUUCUGGAGCAGUGUCUCCAGGACAAAGCCUCUGGGCUUCACCUUCUGCCCCUGACAGAAGAUGCUCCCGCUAUCCCCACAGAUAUGCAGAUCCAGGAGACCCUGCAAGCAUCAGCUGGUACUGAGGACGGUUUGUCCCUCUGGGAUCUGCUCACCUCUUGCCACUUUACUGAGGAGCAGCGCAGGGGCUUCCUUGAGGACUUGAGAGUUGGGAAGACUUCUGUGUCACAGCUCCAGGACACUGUGCGUAGCUGGGUGCACUCAGCUAAGCUCGUGGCCCGGGCACACAUCACUGUGCCGGGCCCACGGGGUGAGGUCCCUGCUGUGUGGCUACGAGACGCUGGUAUUAUUACCCACGAGACGCUGGAAGCAUUGGCAUGGAGCACACAGUCGCCUGCUGAGGUAGCUAAACAGCCUGCUGUGGAGGCCUGCUUCUGGGGCACAGGCUGCGUGGCUGGUGUGCUUCUGCAGCCCUCAGGGACCAAGCUGAGCAUCGCCCAGGCUAUAAGGGAUGGCCUCCUACCCACAGGCCUGGGCCAGCAGCUGCUGGAAGCCCAGGUGGCAUCUGGCUUCCUUGUCAACCCCCUAACCAACCAGAGGUUGUCGGUGGAGGGUGCAGUGAAGGCCGGCCUGGUGGGCGGGGAGCUAAGUGAACAGCUUCGGCAGGCAGAGAGGGCGGUCACAGGAUACUCAGACCCUUAUUCAGGCGGCUCCCUUUCUCUAUGGCAGGCCAUGGAGAAAGGGCUUGUACCCAAGAGUGAGGCCUUUCCUCUCCUCCAAGUCCAGCUGGCCACAGGCGGUGUUGUGGACCCUGUCCAUGGGGUGCACCUGCCCCAGGCAGCGGCCUGCAGGCUUGGCCUCCUGGACGAGCAGACAAGCCAGGUGCUGACUUCCACUGAGGAAGAAAGCAAGCUCUUCUUUGACCCAAACUCCCGUGAAAAGAUGACAUACCAGCAGCUCAAGGAGCUCUGUGUGCUGGAUGCUGCCACUGGCCUGUGGCUGCUGCCACUGCCCCAGAACUCUGUGCUUGAGGUGGAUGACCAUACUGCGGUGGCACUGAGGGCUAUGAAAGUGCCCAUCAGCAUGGGGAGGUACCAAGGACACAGCGUGUCACUCUGGGACCUGCUGCACUCCGAGUAUGUUGGAGCCGAGAAGCGGCGCGAGCUGGUGGCACUUUGUUGUUCUGGUCGGGCUGCAGCCCUGCGGCAGGUCAUCAGUAUGGUCACCACCCUGGUGGAGGCGGCAGAGAAGCAGCCCCCACAGGCCACCUUCAAAGGGCUCCGGAAGCAGGUUUCAGCUGGGGACUUGUUUAGGUCCCAGCUGAUCAACAAGCAGACACUGGAUGAACUCAAUCAGGGGAAGAGGACAGUCCAGGAAGUGACAGAGAUGGACAGUGUGAGGAGGUUCCUGGAAGGAGGCAACUUCAUCGCUGGGGUCCUUAUUCAGGGUACAAAAGAGAAGAUGAGUAUCCCAGAAGCCUUGAGAAGGCACAUUCUGAGGCCAGGCACGGCGCUGGUGUUGCUGGAGGCACAGGCGGCCACCGGUUUCAUCAUCGACCCCGUAGAGAACAGGAAGCUAACUGUAGAGCAAGCCUUCCAAGCAGGCAUGUUUGGCAAGGAAACCUACAUGAAGCUGUUAUCAGCCGAGCGCGCUGUCACGGGCUACACGGACCCCUACACCGGGGAGCAGAUCUCCCUCUUCCAGGCCAUGCAGAGGGACCUCAUUGUCAGGGACCACGGCAUCCGGCUGCUGGAGGCCCAGAUCGCCACGGGUGGCAUCAUCGACCCUGUACACAGCCACCGCGUGCCCGUGGACGUGGCCUACCAGCGUGGCUACUUUGACAAGGAGAUGAAUCGCAUCUUGGCUGACCCGAGUGAUGACACCAAAGGCUUCUUCGACCCCAACACGCACGAGAACCUCACCUACCUGCAGCUGCUGGAGCGCUGUGUGGAGGACCCCGAGACUGGCCUGUACAUGUUGGAAAUUGUAAAGAAGGGAGAGACCUACUCGCAUAUUGAUGAAACCACAAGGCAAGCUCUGAGAUCCAGAACUAUGAAAAUGUACGUAGGGAAGUUUGCAGGCCAGACGGUGUCCGUGUGGGACCUGCUGUCUUCUCAGUACUUUACAGAACGAGGGAAAAGAAAGCUUUUGCGGGAGUACAGAGCCCAGAACAUAAGCCUAGAGAGGCUGCAGGAGGUUAUCACCUCCACCGUGGAAGAAACAGAGAAGCAAAACCAAACUUUCAAGGUGGCAGGCAUCCAUGGUGACGUGACUGCCGCAGAACUGUUCAACUCCGGGGUCCUUGAUAAGAAGGCCCUGGACGCGCUUCACAGUGGGGAGAGGGGGCUCCAGGACCUCCGCCAGCUGGGGAACGUAGGCAUCUACCUGGAAGGCAGCAGUUGCAUUGCUGGGGUGACUGUACCACUCACCCAGGAGGUGAUGAGCUUCUAUGAGGCCAGCAAGGAAGAGCUCACCCCAGCAGGGUUUGCAGCUCAGAUGCUGGAGGCGCAGGCUGCCACUGGGUACCUAAUGGACCCCCGCACCCAGCAGAGACUGUGUGUGGAGGAGGCCGUAGCAGCGGGCCUGGUAGGUAAGGACCUGAGAGAAAGGCUUGUGAAUGCGGAGAAGGCAGCCCGGGGCUACGAAGACCCAGCCACGGGGGAGACCAUCCCACUGUUCCAGGCCAUGGAGAAGAAGUUGGUCGGGAAGGAGGAGGCUCUGAGGUUGCUGGAGGUACAGGUGGCCACAGGUGGGGUCAUUGACCCACGGCACCACCACCGAGUUCCCCUGGAAACAGCCUGCAGGCGUGGCUGUCUCAGUGACGACACGGUUGUGCUCAUUGCUGACCAGAAGCACAUGAGGAAAAGGUUUGUGGAUCCCAACACACAGGAGAAGGUCACAUACCAGGAGCUGCAGGACAGGUGCCGGAGGGAAGAGAAGUCCGGUUGGGCUCUGUUCCCAGUGUUCAAGGACAAACAGGACAUGGAGUAUGUAGAUGAGGCCACCAAAAGGGCUCUGGAGGCCGAGCAGGUAGAAGUGACUGUGGGGAGGUACCGAGGGCAGAGGCGCUCAGUGUGGGAGCUGCUGAACUCAGAGUACGUAUCAGAGGAGAAAAAGAUGGAACUGGUUAGGAUAUACAAGGCUGACACAGCCAGGGCACUGCAGAGAGUGGUGCAAGAUAUUCUGCAAAUGAUUGCAGAUGAAGAGGGAAAAAGCAGGAAAUUGUGGUUCCGAGGGUUACGAACACAAAUCACAGCUGAGGAAUUACUCAGCUCAGACAUCAUCACAAGGCAGACACUAAAGGACCUGGAAGAAGGAAAAACCACAGUAGAUCAGAUUGAAAGAAACGAAGAGGUAAAAAGAUACCUUAAGGGAACAGGAUGCAUCGGAGGAGUCCUGGUGCCCGUGCAGGGGGAGCCUGGGCGGCAGGAGAAGAUGAGCAUCUAUCAGGCCAUGUGGAAGGGCGUGCUGAGGCCCGGCACGGCCCUGGUGCUGCUGGAGGCGCAGGCGGCCACCGGCUUCAUCAUCGACCCGGUGCACAACCGCAGGCUGUCGGUGGAGGAGGCCGUGGCGGCGGGCGUGGUGGGGGGCGAGGUCCAGGAGAAGCUGCUGUCUGCCGAGCGCGCUGUCACGGGCUACACGGACCCCUACACCGGGGAGCAGAUCUCCCUCUUCCAGGCCAUGCAGAGGGACCUCAUCGUCAAGGACCACGGCAUCCGGCUGCUGGAGGCCCAGAUCGCCACGGGUGGGGUCAUUGACCCCACGCACAGCCACCGCGUGCCCGUGGACGUGGCCUACCAGCGCGGCUACUUCGACGAGGAGAUGAACGGCAUCCUGGCUGACCCUGGGGACGACACCAAGGGCUUCUUCGACCCCAACACGCACGAGAACCUCACCUACCUGCAGCUGCUUCGUCGCUGUGUGCGCGACCCAGAGACCGGCUUCUACAUGCUGCAGCUGGCGGGAAAGGGCUCCAGCGUGCACCAGCUGAGCGAGGAGCUGAGACGAGCCCUCCGAGAUGCCCGAGUGACGCCGGGCACGGGCGACUUCCGGGGCCAGAGCAUCUCCGUCUGGGAGCUGCUCUUCUACCGCGAGGUGCCCGAGAGCCUGCGCCAGGAUCUGCUGCGUCGGUACCAGGCCGGUGGGCUGACGGUCCAGGACGUGAGCUCCACCCUCACCUCCCUGCUGGCCCGGACCAGGGAUGGGGGCCCGCGUGCGGACCCCCAAGGGGCCCUGGGGAAGGCCACCAUGGAGGUGAAGGUGGGCCGUCUCCGGGGCCGAGAGGUGCCGGUGUGGGACGUUCUGACGUCCGGCUACGUGAGCGGGGACGCGAGGAAGGAGCUGCUGGCCCAGUUCAGCUCUGGGGCGCUGACGCUGCCCAUGCUGACCCGGAGGCUGACCACCAUCAUCGAGGAAGCCGAGGAGACCCAGGAGUCCAGGCCAAAGCAGGCCGUUGCCUCCUCGCGGGACCAGCAGGAGACUGGGGGCGGGAGCUCGGGGUCGGUCGCCGAACAGGGCAAGGUCGGGGACGCUGCAGCAACUGCCAGGCAGACUCAGGAGCAGGCCCUGCGCGCCGCCACCAUGCGGGUCCAGCGUGGGCAGUUCGGCGGCCAGCCGGUUUCCGUGUGGCAAGUCCUGUUCUCCUCGUACCUCAGUGAGACCCGCCGAGAGGAGCUGCUCGCCCAGCACUUGGCUGGCACCCUGGGCCUGCAGGAGCUCAUCAGCGUCCUCGCCCAGGUGGUGGAGGAGACAGAAGAGAGGCUGAGCAAGGUGUCCUUCCCUGGGCUGAGGCGCCAGGUAACUGCAUCCGAGCUGCACACAUCCGGCAUCAUAGACCCCGAGACCCUGCGGGAGCUGGCACAAGGGACCAAGACCCUGCAGGAGGUGACGGAGAUGGACUCCGUCAAGCGCUACCUCGAGGGCACCAGCUGCAUCGCGGGCGUCCUGGUGCCCGUGCAGGGGGAGCCUGGGCGGCAGGAGAAGAUGAGCAUCUAUCAGGCCAUGUGGAAGGGCGUGCUGAGGCCCGGCACGGCCCUGGUGCUGCUGGAGGCGCAGGCGGCCACCGGCUUCAUCAUCGACCCGGUGCACAACCGCAGGCUGUCGGUGGAGGAGGCCGUGGCGGCGGGCGUGGUGGGGGGCGAGGUCCAGGAGAAGCUGCUGUCUGCCGAGCGCGCUGUCACGGGCUACACGGACCCCUACACCGGGGAGCAGAUCUCCCUCUUCCAGGCCAUGCAGAGGGACCUCAUCGUCAAGGACCACGGCAUCCGGCUGCUGGAGGCCCAGAUCGCCACGGGUGGGGUCAUUGACCCCACGCACAGCCACCGCGUGCCCGUGGACGUGGCCUACCAGCGCGGCUACUUCGACGAGGAGAUGAACGGCAUCCUGGCUGACCCUGGGGACGACACCAAGGGCUUCUUCGACCCCAACACGCACGAGAACCUCACCUACCUGCAGCUGCUGCAGAGAGCCACUCUGGACCCUGAGACUGGAUUAUUGUUUCUCUCCCUGUCUAAACGCUGAUGGUUUUCUUUUAUGGUUGAAGUGUACUACAGCGGUUGCAACUUUUCUCAGUUGGAUAGUUAUCAUCUCUAUAUUUUUGAACUCAUAUUCAUCCGGGUUCAAUUUUUGUUCAUGCUCAUUUCUUCCAUGCUACCUGGUUUGUUUUUGCCUAUUUUUUUUAACCAGGUAUGUCCUCCCCUUUGGUGGUUUUUCUACAAAUUUCUCAUGUUGUUUCUCGUAUCCUAUUUUUGAUGUUGUUUUGGACCUGGAAAGCGUGCUCUCCUCACGUAGGCUCUCACCGCAUUGCCGACUGUGUCGUCAUUACUCAGCAUUGUGUCCACACUGCUCCAAAAGCCACUCAUGCUCUUCCUUUGUUGGUCUCCUAAGCACUGGGUGCAAGCAACACCGCUUGGGAAAGAUCUUCAACAUUUGAAUGUCGGGCGCUUUGAACACAAAGCAUAUUGAUUUUCUUCUGUAUUUAGCAUGGUGUUUGGAACCCCUCUCCAUGACCCCUGAAACCUCCCAGCUGUUUAUUACGUCGCAGUUUUUAGUGCAUACAUGUCUUUUGAUAAUAAAUGAAUUUCUGACAGUAAAA